CGCUGCUCGUUAACGCGCUCUCGCGUCCGUGCGCGCACCUGCAGCCUGUCCAUGACUCAAACCGGCAGCAGCUCCAGCUCCCGUGUCUCCUCCUCCCGCGUCUCCUCCUCCCGCGUCUCCUCCUCCCGUGUCUCCGUCAGUGUGCUGUGUCUCCGGGAAUGAGAAGGAGCGAUGGCGGGCUGUGGCAGCGAGGAGAAAGCUUACCGCCGCUUCCUGGAGCUCUUCCUGCGGGAGAUGCGGCCGCCGCUGCGCGAGGACUCCCCGGUGCCCGCGCGCCCGCUGUCCGACUCGGUGGUGGAGGACGAGGUGGAGGGGGAGUGUCUCGACCUGUGUCUGCAGCACCUGUGCAAAUAUAACUGCCCGUUCCCGCUGGCGGCAGGUUUGGCGCGCGGCACGGCUGACAGCGUCCUACAGACCGAUCUCUCCAGCUGUCACGUCAUCAAGACCACAGAGGACGGCACCGAGACUGAAACCGUUCCCCAGCUGAUCGACGCAGUGAAAUUGGCGCGGCUGGUCUUUAAUAAGCUGUGUGAGACGUGCUGCGUGUGGCUGAAGGGUUUCCCGCCGCGCCGCCGCGCUCAGACGUACUACGAGACCUCCAUCCACGCCAUUAAAAACAUGCGGCGCAAGAUGGAGGACAGGCACGUCAUCAUCCCCGACUUUAACAUGCUCUUCAACCUGCAGGAUCAGGAGGAGCAGGCGUACUUCGCCGUGUUCGAUGGUCACGGGGGCGUCGACGCUGCAACCUUCGCUGCGAAUCACCUCCAUGUCAACCUGGUGAGACAGGAGACGUUCAGUCAGGACCCGGGGGACGCUCUGCGCCGCGCAUUCAAACUCACAGACGAGCGCUUCGUACAGAAAGCCUCACGAGAGAACAUGCGCUGUGGCACCACUGGGGUCGUGACCUUCCUGCGAGGCCGGACUCUGCACGUGGCGUGGCUCGGAGACUCUCAGGUCAUGUUGGUGAGAAAAGGAGAAGCGGUGGAGCUGAUGAAACCACACAAACCAGACCGAGAGGAUGAGAAGAAGCGGAUCGAGGCUCUGGGAGGGUGUGUGAUCUGGUUCGGGACGUGGCGAGUGAACGGCAGCUUGUCCGUGUCGAGAGCCAUCGGAGACUCCGAGCACAAGCCGUACAUCUGCGGUGACGCAGAUCACGCGGUGUUCCCCCUGGACGGCACCGAGGACUACCUGAUCCUGGCGUGCGACGGGUUCUAUGACACGGUGUGCCCGGAGGAGGCGGUGCGCGUCGUCUCCGAUCACCUGCAGGAGAAUAACGGAGACACGGCCAUGGUGGCGCACAAACUGGUGGCCUCGGCACGCGACGCCGGCUCCAGCGACAACAUCACCGUCAUCGUGGUGUUCCUCAGGGACCCGCGAGCUCCGCCCCCGUCCGACGAGCAGCAGGACGAAGACGAGGUGGAGCCCGAGGAGGAAGAGGACGUGGAGGAAGACGAGGAAGAAGAGGAGGAGGAAGAGGAGGAGGAGGCGAUGCAGGGGGAGCUGGCGUGUCAGGACGGCGGCGGAGAGAACGGCGGGAAGGUGCGGAGCGGCUGGCCCCUGCAGCAGUGCUCCGCCCCCGCCGACCUGGCCUACGAGGAGCGCACCGACUCCUUCACGGACAGGACCAGCCUGAGCACCGCGGGGCCCGAGCUCCCGAUCACCGCCGGCGGGUGCUUCUGCCCCGCCCCCAGCAGCUCAGGAGGAGGAGGGGGGCGUCGGCUGUGUCCCAAACCUCGGGUCCCGUCCUGCAGUGGGCGCUGGGUGGAGGCUGGAGCGCUGCUCCCUCAGCAGGGGCGGAGAAAGAGGAGGAUAGACGAAGUGCUGGAGCGCAGGAAGGAGCAGAGGAGGCGUGUCCGAAAGAGGGGUGAGAGUCGCGGCGCCCAGAGCUCACGACCACGCGUACCCGAGCCGCUGCGCUACACCGAGACCCGGCCCGGGGUCGCCCUGGCGCGCCUGACACACGAAUACGCCAUCUAAACCCCUCCUGUUACUACACAUCCACUUUAUCACUCACACACACACACACACACACGCACGCACACACACACACAUUCCUGUUUAUUAUUCAUUAUGUUUCCUAACACACACAAACACAUGCUACAGUAAUACACACAGUUUCCCCUGACACACAGAGUCCCUACUUCAGACUGAGCCAAGAUAAGUCUCACACACUCACACACACACACACACUCCAAAAGGUCACCCUGUGGUGCUUCAGGAUGCUCGAGUCCUUUUUACAUGAGAAGAGGAAUCCUCUGUGACAUCACCUGCACUCGCCUCUUCAUCAUCAUCAACUUUAGCCCCGCCCCCUCCCAAGCACAGAUCCCCCAGGAGGCGGGAAAGAAGCACCACCAUGAAAGAAUAUCCACACACCCUCCUCAGCUCUACACACACACACACACACACACACACACACACACGGCUCCAGGUGUGUUUUUGCUCAGACUCUGCUCACGUGUGUUCACGCUCAUCGUGACUCGCCUCGCGUCCUCUUUCUUUUCCUAAACCUCCACUGAGCCUGAGCACCGUGAUGACAUCAUCAUCACACACAUCACGGCGUCUCGACGUGUUCAAGUAAAAAGCUAAAAAGCUAAAGUGCGCACUGGAGUGCACAAGUGUUCACUCUCUCUCUCUCUCUCUCUCCUACGUUCCCUCAUUUACCUCUCAAGGGGCACAAAUAUAUAUUUAACAGAAUUAUAGUAAAAUAACGUAUAUGUGUGUGUGUGAGUGUGUGUGUGUGUGAGUGUGUGUCAGUGUGUGUCGCUGUCUGUCUUAUUAACGUGAUAGUUAGGUCUCAGAUACACACCAUGUUCCUCCACAUCUACUCCUAAAGAAGACUACUUGAAAUUACCCGACGAGGAGGACGUGCCAUGAAACACACACACACACACACACACACACACACACACACACCAGAAGUGACCGACGGCUUCCUCCUCCAUGUUCAGGGAUCCUGAGCCUCAGCACUUGACACUGACGGCACGCUCCUGCUCGUCUCACCUCUCACUCCCUGUCUGUCUCUCUCUCGCUGUGUGUCGUCUCGUCUGUGAUCUUCACCUCUGCUUUUACUUCCUGUAAGCAAUAAUGAACCUUCUGAAGCCAUGAGACUCUCAGAGCUGCAGAGCAAAGAUGUGAGAUCACGAGGCUCGUCACCGGAUUGUGUUACCGGAACGUCGCGGAUGAGACAUACGCGUCCGCCGCUCCGCUCUGCUGUCUGUCAGCCAAGACGUGCUCGGCGUGUGAAGUUCACUAGUUUAGCGCGCAGGAGUGAUGACGAUAACGGAUUUUAUCUUUAAUGUGUCGUUGAUCUUCACCUCAGAGUGCGCGAGUGCUGUGGUCUUCAUCCGUGUGUAGCAGGUAAUACCGUAGUGAGGCCGCAGGGGGCAGCAGCAGUGCAGCUACUCUUACAUAACAUUACUGCAACACACCACUGACUCAACACGUGUCACACUGUACGACGAAAACCUCACACACGUUAAACUCCUCCUCUGGAGUCCAACCUGCUUCCUAAAACACGAAUAUUUAUGAGAUCAUCCGUUUAAUCAGCUACAGAUCGGGAACAUUCAACACUUGUGCAUUUUUAUUUUUUUGCAGUUCUCACUGGAGUGUUAUUUUAAAGCCGCCAUAUUGGCGCACAUAAACCCAUCGUCUAGUGGAAAUGUCGUAAGCUUGAAAUGCGUUCAACACAGUACACGUAACCUAGCGAUUAGCCGAGCCUACCUUAAGCCUGCUCAGAACUUUUAU